GUUUACGCUGAAAUAGAAGCGGGGCAACAGUAGCUCGUUUGUGAUUGGACAACCGUUUUCCCGCACCAGCUGGCCAAUCGAUGAACAGCAACCGUAUGUAUAAGUACCCUCGCUUCACUGGAGUUGUGGUACCCUCACACAGACAAAGUAAAGAGCUGCAACAAUGUCAGGUCGCGGGAAAUCUGGAAAGGCGCGAGCAAAGGCCAAGACUCGCUCAUCCCGGGCCGGACUUCAGUUCCCGGUGGGUCGUGUCCACAGACUGCUCCGCAAAGGCAACUACGCUCAGCGCAUCGGUGCCGGCGCCCCCGUCUACUUGGCGGCCGUGCUCGAGUACCUGACCGCCGAGAUUCUGGAGCUAGCCGGCAACGCCGCCCGCGACAACAAGAAGACCAGAAUCAUCCCUCGUCAUCUGCAGCUGGCUGUCCGCAACGACGAGGAGCUCAACAAGCUUCUCGGUGGGGUCACCAUCGCCCAGGGUGGAGUUCUGCCCAACAUCCAGGCCGUCCUUCUGCCCAAGAAGACCGAGAAAGGCGGCAAAACAAAGUAAUUUUAGAAACCACCGCAACCCCAAAAACGGCUCUUUUAAGAGCCACACACUCUCCGAAAAAGAGCAACUGUUUACAUUUUCAUUCUACCGCUUUGUAAAGUAGCGCUGCAUGUUGAAGUACCAGUGAUGAGGGUGGGGGGGAAAAAAGUUGUGACAGGACUGCAGUGGGUUCACAAGACUUAAUCACAUUUUUACACUUAUUUUUUUUUCUGUUAAAGGUAAUGCAAAUAGUUUCCACAUUCACAACCAAAACAAGGGCAAUCUGUACAACGCAGCUGCAAACUGUAAACUGUUUAUUCACCACCCUGAAGAAAUGUAUUACUGUUUUAGUUGUAAAUAGUUUCUUUGCAUCUACACGAUCUAAACUCGACACAUGCUGCGGGCCACUACAAAAAUGGACGGAUGCCCUCCAAUGGCCCACAGGUCGCAGUUUGGAUAUCUUGGCGUACAGCGUUGGAACCAGCGAGUCAAUCACAACAAUGAUUAGUAUGUUUCAAUGGAGAAAACAUUGAAUGGUACUCUAAUUGAUAACCAUGUAAAAUAAAAUGUUCAUUUCUUAUUAUGACA